AUGUCUCUCGCAAAGAACAUCCUCCUCUUCGGUGCAACAGGAAACAUCGGCUCCUUCAUCCUGGACGCCCUUCUCUCCGCCCGCUCCCAAUUCACCCGCAUUGCAAUCUUCACUUCCCCGCACACAGCACAAACCAAAGCCAAUCAACUCUCCAAACUAAAGCAGCAAGGUGUAGAAGUGAUAACAGGCAACAUCGAAGACGAAGAAGCAGUCAAGGCCGCAUACGCAGGAAUCGACACCGUAAUCUCAGCACUGGGACGCGAUACCCUGGCACAGCAAAUCCCUCUCAUCCGCCUCGCAGCCGCUAGCAAGGACGUGAGAUGGUUCCUGCCGUCCGAGUAUGGCACGGACAUCAAGUACGGCCCUGCUUCUGCGAAUGAGAAGCCCCACCAGCAGAAGCUGAAGGUGCGCACUUAUCUCGAGGAUGAGGUUUCCCGCGAUGACCUGACCUUUUCGUAUGUUGUUACUGGGCCGUUCGCGGAGAUGUAUCUGCAUGUGGUGCCGGGGCUUGAGGAGGCCGGUGGAUGGGAUGUUAAAAGGCGGAAGGCGAUUUUGUUACAAGGGAAGGACAUUAGUUUGACGACUAUGAAAGAUGUUGGGACUCUUGUUCUGAAUACCCUACUUCAUGCUACGGCCGAGACGCGUAAUGCUGCGCUGUGUGUCAAUUCGUUUACUACUACGCCUGAGAAGAUUCAGGCGGAGUUUGAGCGCCAGCUUGGUGGGCAGGCGUGGGAUGUUUCUCAGACCUCGUUGGCGAGGCUGCGGGAAUUGGAAGCUGCGGCUUGGGAUGAUGGAAAGCCGGCUGCUACGGUGUUGACUCUGAGACGGAUUUGGACUGAGGGCGGCACGUUAUAUGAGAAGAGGGCCAACAGUCUGAUAGGAGAGCCUAAGGUGAUGGGGUUGGAGGAGGUUGUUGCGAAUGAAAUUGCGAGAGUGGCGAAUUUGUAG